AUGGCUGAGCAGCCUGUACCGACAAAACCGGUGCACACCAUUGUGCUCGACGCCGGCCCCAUCCUAAAAAACGUUCCCCCGCUAUCGACAUUGCUCGCCCAAGCCGAAGAAUUGGUGACCACUCCAGCAGUGAUGGGUGAAAUUCGAGAUCCGGUUGCCCGAUCCCGCGUUGAGACGUUAUAUCUCCCCUUUAUGAAACAAAGAACACCAUCGCCCAAAAGUGUGCAGAUCAUAAGCGAGUUUGCGCGCAAGACGGGAGACCGUGCGGUAUUGAGUAAAGUCGAUAUUGAGAUUUUGGCGCUUGCCUAUGAAAUUGAGUGUGAGCGGAAUGGUGGUGAUUGGAGGUUGAGGAGCGUGCCUGGUCAGAAGAGAGUGAAUGGGAAGCCGCCGGUCAAGGAAGGAGAGACAUCCGUGGAAAAGGCGACAACUGAGAAGGAGGGAGUUGAUGAGGCUGCCGAAAGAGCGCCGAAAAUAGAAGAAAUAAAUGAAGAAACUUCUACAGCAGCUGUCGACAAGGUUACUGACAAGCUCGCCGAAACGACAAUCAAGGAGGACGCUACUCAAAGUGCCGAAGCAACCGAAGCGGCGUCUGAAAAGAAUACUCCUGCCGCUGAUGGUACAGUGGAAGAUAACACAGAGGAGAUCUCCGUCGAAAUUGCCGAAGACGAAGAAGAAGGCGAAGACUCGGAUGGUGGUGGUGAAUGGAUUACACCCUCGAAUAUCAAAAAGAAGCAAGCUCGCGAUGAAGAAGCAGGCUUAUCAGGAACACCAGAACCUAAAGUCAUGCAAGUUGCCACCAUGACAACUGAUUUUGCUUGUCAAAAUGUUCUUCUACAAAUGAAUUUGAACCUACUAUCCACAACGACAUUGCAGCGGAUCCGUCACCUCAGGACAUUCGUCAAGCGCUGCCAUGCAUGCUUCUCCAUCACGAAAGAAAUGAACAAGCAAUUCUGCCCUCGUUGCGGAAAAGACACUCUCACACGAGUCUCCUGCUCGACCGACGCCAACGGCCAGUUCAAACUCCACCUCAAGAAAAACAUGCAAUGGAACAACCGUGGAAACGUAUUCAGUGUACCCAAGCCGACACACGGAUCUUCCAAUGGCAAAUGGAAAGGCGGCGGUGGACAAGGCGGUUGGGGAACUGGCCUCAUCUUGGCUGAGGAUCAAAAGGAGUAUAUGCGUGCAGUGACGGACGAACAGCGUCAGCAACGGAGAGAGCGCGAUCUCAUGGAUGAGGAUUAUCUUCCUGGCAUCUUGACUGGUGAGAGACAUCGUUCUGGUGGUCGAGUUAAGGUUGGAGCUGGUCGUAAUGUCAACUCGAGAAGGCGAUGA